UGAUGCAGCGUUUGCUCGCAGCCUUUAUUUCCGCCCAGGCAAACAGCACAGCCGCGUUCGGGCGGUCAGUUCUGGUGCGCGACCAGAGGAUGUCGGAAGGCGGGCGUGUUGGCCGUACCAGAAACGUCGACCAACCUGCCGCAGCGGGUUCUUACACAUCAUCUCAUUUGUUCUCGAAAAAUACGGUAUGCCUUCCAAAUUUUAGUACUCACAUUCCGAAGACGGUGGGGUGGCUAGCGAAACGGGACCGGGAAGCGCAG